AUGGCCGAACACGAAUCAGACGCAUCUCGUCUCCACGCGGAGGUUGAGCAGGAGCGGCGAGCAUCUGGAAUCGACCAGAAAUACUCAGAAAAAGAUGUGAUUGAAGCCAAUCAAGAUCAUGACUCUGUCAACGACUAUGAGGCGGAACUCAAAGAGACUCCCAUCGGUGGGAUCCCCACAGCAUACGAGAAAUCGACCCUGAGACACGUUGGUGAAAGUCUCCCUUACUCAGUCUUCCUGGUGGCCAUCAUCGAACUAUGCGAACGUUUCACCUAUUAUGGAUGCCAGGGCAUUUUCCAAAACUACAUCCAGAAGCCCCUUGACGGCAGUCUCGGCCGCGGUGGUCUGGGUCUGGGCCAUCAGGGCGCCACCGGCCUCAGCACAUUCUACACCUUCUGGUGCUACACCACUCCUCUCCUCGGUGGUAUCAUCGCCGAUCAAUAUCUCGGAAAGUACAAAACCAUCUUGACCUUUGCCGGCGUCUACAUGGUCGGUCUGCUGAUCUUGGUGUGUACCUCGAUCCCCAGCUCGCUUGCCAAUGGCGCUGGUCUCGGAGGUUUCAUCGCCUCCAUCUUACUCACCGGCUUGGGCACUGGUGGCAUCAAAGCCAACGUCGCUCCUUUGAUCGCCGAGCAGUACACUCGCCGGACCAUGGAAGUUAGCAUCACCAAGAAAGGUGAAAGAGUGGUCAUUGACCCCUACGUCACCAUUCAGAGAAUCUAUAUGAUUUUCUACUGGACCAUCAACAUUGGCGCUCUAUCUCUGCUCGCAACGCCAUACAUGGAACGCGACAUUGGAUACUGGUCCGCCUUCACCCUCUGCAUCUGCAUGUUCGCCGUCGGCGUCACCGUCCUAGUAUUAGGACGGAAGAUGUAUGUGGAUCGACCACCACAGGGAAGCAUUGUGACCGACUCAUUCAAAGCCGUUGGCAUGAUGAUCCGCCAUCGAAGCAUGAACGCACCGAAACCAUCCUGGCUGCGCGAACAUGGCAUCUCCAAGACCGUGGCAUGGGACGACCAUUUCGUCAAUGAACUGACUCGAGCUCUGACGGCAUGCAAGGUCUUCACCUUCUACCCGAUCUACUGGGUCGUGUACGGACAAUUCUCCAACAAUUUUGUGACACAAGCGCUACAGAUGCGCGGACAUGGUAUUCCCAACGACUUGAUGCAGAACUUUGACCCUAUUGCCAUUAUCGUCUUCGUGCCGAUUCUCGACAGGCUGGUCUAUCCACUACUUCGCAAGUAUCGCAUUCCAUUCAAGCCCAUCAGUCGAAUCGUGGUCGGUUUCACUGUGGCGUCGUUGGCCAUGAUGUAUGCAGCCAUUGUGCAGCAUCUCAUCUACAGCGCCGGCCCAUGCUAUGAGCAUCCACUAUGCGACGCAUCCAUCGACUCGUCCGGCACCGCACAGGGCAACAAUAUCCAUAUCGCCGUUCAGACACCCGCGUACAUGUUGAUCGGUAUCUCUGAGAUCUUUGCCUCGGCGACAGGCUACGAGUACGCCUACACCAAGGCUCCACCACGCAUGAAGUCCUUUGUCCAGUCCUUGUUCCUGCUCACCAACGCGUUUGGCUCCGCUCUCGGCGAGGCUUUUGUGCCUGCUGCCUACGACCCAGCCAUUCUGUGGAUGUAUGUUGGUCUUUGCAUCGGCACUUUUGCAGUCGGUGUUCUCAUCUGGAUUCUCUUCCAUAACCUCAAUGACAAGGAAGAAGAAAUGAAUUAUAUCGAAGGUGAUGUCUUGCCGGAUGAUCCAAACCGCAGACAUUCCCACAUCACGGCAUAACGGAUCAACUAUCAGACAAGCAAGCAAUUUUAGUCUGCUGACUGACUCUGGUGAUUGCUCAAACUCAAGCAGAUUAUAGAAUAAAACGCUGGAUCUUCAUUACUAUAUUUAAUCUCCAC